UGGUGCAGUAACAGUAAACGGCCGCUAGUGCGCAGCGCUGAAUGGGAAGCGCGUGUUAAACCGGAAGUGGGAUAAGAGAGAACAGAUUUUUUGUUGUGCGCAAAGAAAACUUAAGUGAGCAGAAAUGGCGAAUAACAGAGGUUACACUCGCUUUGAAAACCCAACAGAGGAUUCAGUUCCUCCUCCUCCUGUAGGGUUCGUGGUUCCUCCUCCUUAUGAUGCUUCUUUACCUCAUACAACCAUGGGUGCUGGUGUACCUGCUGGAGCUCCGUAUCCUCCACCCACUGCUUUUGGGGAUCCCAUGUACGGACAGUCUGGGCCUGGAUAUCAACAAACACCUUAUCAUCAAACAUCAUAUUCUCAAACAGGUCCUCCUUACAUGCCUGCGUCUAAUGCACCAAUGACUGAGCCGGUACAGACCGAGCCGCCACCAGAUUAUAAUGCUGAAAACUUCAACGCCUCUCAAAUGGACAACAAAGUCAUCCGCAGGCUGUUUAUUCGAAAGGUCUUUGCAGUUUUGAGUGUGCAGCUGGCAGUAACCUGUGGCAUUGUGGCCAUCUUCACCUUCGAUCGGCACGUCAAACUCUUUGUGCAGCAGCACGCCUGGACAUACUGGGUCGGGUACUUGGUGUUUCUGUGUCCGUUCUUCAUCCUCUCGUGCUGCAAGGACUUUCGCAGGAAGCAUCCGUGGAACCUCAUUGCAUUGAGUGUUUUGACUCUUGCCAUGAGCUACAUGACAGGUGUGAUAUCCAGCUUUUAUGAUACAAACAUUGUUAUUAUGGCUAUCGGGAUUACGGUGUUGGUUUGCUGUACGGUGGUGAUGUUCUCUCUUCAGACCAAGUAUGACUUUACAUCUUGCGCUGGCGUGUUGUUCGUGUGCUCCAUUGUCCUCUUCAUCUUUGGAAUCUUCUGCAUCAUAAUGUAUAACAGGAUUAUGGAUCUCAUCUACUCCUCUCUGGCUGCACUGCUCUUCACUUGUUUUUUGGCUGUUGACACACAACGUCUUCUUGGGGAUAAGCAACUGUCCAUAAGUCCUGAGGAAUACAUCUUUGCUGCACUUAACCUCUAUACGGACAUCACCCAAAUAUUUUUAUUUAUUCUGCAAAUCCUAAACAAAAUUCGUCGCUGAAUAACUGAAUUAAUUCCUAAAUCACAACUACUAUCAUUAACGGUGAUGUGUGUAAUAAUGUGAACGUAAGAAAUUCAUCCAUAGAUUGGAUUUCUGUGAAAAGACUGUGAAUCUUUCAGAACAUAUCUCUUGUUUCUUUUAGCAUUGUUUUUAUAGUUUAUGGUGACACCAGAUGCUCAUGGUUUUGGUUGUAAGGUUCAGAAGUCAGUCCCUGCCAUUACAAUAGAUGACUUAACUACCAGUCUGUCAACUAAAAGCCUGUUUACACACAAAUUACACACUUCACCUUCACACUGCAAAAAAAUUGACUUUCUUACUUAGUAUUUUUGUCUUGUUUUCAGUACAAAUAUCUAAAAAUUCUUAAAUCAAGAUGCAUUUUCUGGAUGAGCAAAAUGACCAAAGAAAAUAAGCCUAGUUUUCAGACAAGUUUUAAGUGAUUUUGGGAUUAAAACAAGCAAAAACAAUCUGCCAAUGGGGUAAGAACAGAUUUUUUCUUGAAUUAAGUGAAUUUAUUUCAAGAUUUGUUUAUUUUAUUGAAUCUUUUGCUUGAAUUAAGCAAAAUAUUUUUUAUUUUAAAACUAGACUAAUUUUCUAAAGUCUUUUUGCUUAUCAAGAAAGUACAUCUUGAUUUAAGAAUUUUUAAAUAUUUGUACUGAAAACAAGACAAAAAAAGUCAUUUUUGGUGGUGCACUUGUUGUGGUUUUUAAAUGUUUCUGCUCUGUUCUUGUCACUUGGAUGCUCUCUUGAUUUUUGGUCAAUCAACAUUUUUAUAACUUUUUUGAUUGUGUUAAUCAGAAUUAUAAUGUACAACCCCAAAUCAGAAAAAGUUGGGACACUGUAUAAAUUGU